UUUCCCCGCGAAGAAGAAACGUUACCGCCUUCUGGAUGACAGGAAGUGAACCAAAACAGUGGAGGGAAAAGCGGAGUUGAGGGGAGCGAAGCUACAAGUGGAUAACAAAGGUGGCGAGGACACCACCUUGAUGAAUCUGUUAUCAUGGGAAAGACGAAGAAGCCUAGUGUGUCGGUGCAGUGCGAGUGGUCGUCCUGCACCUUCAAGGGCCACACCGUGGAGGAGCUGAGCGAGCACAUGGCCCUCCACCUGAAGGAGCAUCUAGGAGACGGAGAUGCCAUGGAGGAGCUCGACGACUAUGCGUGCCUGUGGAGGGGCUGUGAGUUCCUGGCCAUGGGCAGUCCCAGGGAGCUGGAGGUCCACGCCCACUUCCACACCUACCACAGCAAGCUGAAGGGCCUCGGAGGGCAGCUGCUGAAGGCCCAGCCCGCCCUGCCCGGCUGCAAGCAGGACCUGCACACCAACAACCUCUCCUCGGAGGUCUCUGCCGGCCUGCGCUGCAUGUGGCAGCACUGUGACAGUACGUUCAACAACCCUGAGUGGUUCUAUCGCCACGCCGACAACCACGUGCAGUGCAGCGAGCCACGCCCCCUGCCCCAGCCGGAGCAGCAGGCCCUGUUCUGCCAAUGGGGAGGUUGCGACGCCUUCUUUAAGGUCCGGUACCGCCUGAGGGAACAUCUGCGGAGCCACACCCAGGAGAAGGUGGUGGCCUGCCCCACCUGCGGCUGCAUGUUCUCCAGCAACACCAAGCUGUUCGACCACCUCCACAGGCAGGCGGAGCCUGAGGGCUCUCUUGUGUGUGAGCACUGUGGGAAAGCCUUCACCAACGAGAGGCUCCUGAGGGACCACGUCAGGCAACAUGUGAAUCACAUCAAGUGUCCGCUGUGUGACAUGACCUGCACCACUCUGGCCACCCUGAAGAUCCACAUCAAGUUCCGCCACUGUGACGAACGGCCCUUCUCCUGUGACUUCUGCGAGAGCAGCUUCAAGAACCAGCACGACCUGCGCAAGCACAUGGAGACCCACAACGAGGGCGCGGCCUACCGGUGCACGGUGGAGGGCUGCGACUACUCGUCCCGCAUGGCCCACACCAUGCGCCAGCACUACAGACGCAUGCACGAGGGAGGGAUGAUCUCCAGGUACAAAUGCCACAUCUGCGAGAAGACGUUCUCCUGGUGCUACACGCUGACACUGCACCUCCGCAAGAAGCACCAGCUGAAGUGGCCGUCGGGACACUCGCGCUUCAGGUACAAGGAGAACGAGGACGGCUACCUCACCCUGAACAUGGUACGCUUCGAGACGGUGGAGGUCACCGAGGAGCUCAUGAAGAACAUGGAGAAGAAGCGGCAGAUCCACCGCAGGGGCCCUGGGCCCCGGGCCAAGCAGACCUCCAGGGGGGGGCCUCCCGACCGUAGCCACGCCUCCCCCCAGCCGCCGGGCUCCGCCUCCCCGUCCUCCUCCUGCGACGGCUCCUCCUCCUCCUCCCCGGGCUCCUCCUCCUCUUCCGAGGAGGAGGAGCCCGGGGAGGAGGAGGAGGAGGAGGCGGCGUCGCCGCAGCCCAGCCCCCGCGGCGGCGACUCCCCCGUGUACUGCGUGAUGAACAGCAUCCCCCACAUCGAGGACGACCCCGGGGGGCCCUUGAUGCUGUUGGAGGAGUGCGACCCCACCGCCACCUCCGGGGCGGUGCAGGCCCUUACCGAGGUGGCCCGUGGCCUGGGCAUGGACGUGGUGUGAAGCCCCCCCCCCUGGUCGUGUGAUUCAACGUUCCUAUGAUGUUCAGUGGACCCCCCCCCCCCCACUGUGUUUUCGGAUUCAUGCGUGUUCAUCGUUUUUAAUGAUUGGUGUUUACCCCUUUUGUCUUUGACGCCGUGGCGGUGUUUGUACAGGAAGGGGGCGACAAGGACAAAAGUUUGCUUAUAGAGGAAGAAAUGCGAGAUUUUAUUUUUUAAUCAAACAGUUUUAUUAUACGGUGAACACGUGAAUUGGAGCCGCUCUUAUCCUGAACGUAAGGGAGGCCCGUGUCUGGUGAAACACGGCUGAACUCUUGACGCCCUCGUUCGUACGGCGCCAAGCUGCGAUAGUCGUUUGUAUAUAUGUUUAUUUUAGAUGUUCGGUAUCUUCCAUUUUAUUUUUCUUCUUAUGGAAUUUAAUGUUAUGCAACUAAUGACUGACGUUUAGCACUGUUUAAGUUAUUAAAUAUUGAGAAGCCAGUUUAUUUAUUAGAAGAUGCGAUGGUGUACAAUAAAGUGGUCGGUUUGAUGGUUA